UACUCAAACUCAUUAGAGGUCUUCAUCUAAGGUUCUUGAAAGUGUCAAGAGCUCUUCUUUGCAUGAAGACCUGCCUGGCCCCAGCAUCUCAAACCCUCUCCGUUUACAACAGGUCAUGUGGAAAAACAGGAGCAUCUUUCUGUUUAAUUUCUCGUGGGGCUUCAUUUACAUUUGAUACACAGAAACAUGAGUAGAUAAUGCACUGUCUUUUGAAGAAAAUAAGCCCUUAGUAAUAGAAGAGAUUGUCUAAGUGCUGUAUGACUGCAUAGGGAUUAGACCACUCAACUGGAAGACGAGAACUGGAUAACCACCUGUGUGGGGCUUAGAAUCUCACUUGCAGAGAUGCUUUUCAGAGGCAGGUGCUUAAAUACUUGCUUCCUUCAGAACAUGCCUGCAUUAGAUGGCUCUCAAGAACAUUCCUUCACCCAACCUAUGAAACACUCCCAAUGUCUUAAGCAAGCUUAAGGCAACGUAACACAAGCUCAAGACUUGGUAAGGACUAAGCACCACAGCUAUAUACCAAGGAAGAAGCAUCACCAGGAGCGAAAGCAUCACUACCUCGGGGGCUUCUGCACCACUUAUUUGUUAAAUAAAGCACCCAGGGAAGCCCUAUAAACAAGACUUUCCUAGAAGUUUCUUUAGUUAUUCCAAAACCUUCAGGCUUGCUAGAGGCAGUCAGCGUUCAACACAAAACUAAUGGCCUCUGCAUUAUUUGUGCCACUUUAAAAGACAGUAAAAAGAUGCAAAGCUGUCGGAGUCAGAGCUGUGACAGAGCACCAAGCACAGCAGCCCACCGUGGCCCGGGAGGGAGCCCUCACCUCGCCGCACUCACUCGCGGAUCCGGCGGCCGCUCCGCUCCGCUCCGCCCCGACCCUGCCCCGGCCGCCUCCGAGCGUGUCCGCGCCGUCCCCGCCGGGAGCCGCCGGGAGCCGCCGGGAGCCGCCGGGAGCCGCCGGGAGCCGCCGGGAGCCGCCGGGAGCCGCCGGGCCGGGAGCGGCGGGCACAGGGAGCAGCGCGGGCAGGGAAGAGCACCCUUUGUGCAGUGCUUUUUCAACCACUUACCUGCUUUGAGUUUCUGCAGUGAGCGGGAGUGAAGGAAAAAUACUAGAUAAUGUCAGAGUUCUGGCUAAUUUCUGCUCCAGGAGAUAAAACAAAUCUUCAGGCAUGGGAGAGAAUGAACACUGUGACAUCUAAAUCCAACCUGUCCAGCAACAGCAAAUUCCAUAUUCCAGACUUAAAGGUGGGGACACUGGAUGCUCUUGUUGGUCUGUCAGAUGAGUUGGGAAAACUUGAUAGCUUUGCUGAAAGCGUAAUAAAGAAAAUAGCCCAGUACAUAGGAGAAGUUAUAGAGGACUCAAAAGAUAAAGUCCAAGAAAAUCUUCUGGCCAAUGGAGUUGACCUAAUUAGCUACUUGACACGGUUUGAGUGGGACAUGGCCAAAUAUCCCAUAAAGCAGCCGCUGAAGAAUAUAUCAGAAGCAUUAGCAAAGCAAGUGACUCAAAUAGAAACAGACCUGAAGACCCGAUCAGCUGUGUACAACAACAUUAAAGGAAAUUUGCAAAGCCUGGAGAAAAAAACUAUGGGAAAUCUGCUGACCCGGACCCUGGCAGACAUAGUGCAUAAAGAAGACUUUGUUCUGGAUUCUGAGUAUCUUAUCACGCUGCUCGUUGUGGUGCCAAAGUCAAGCUACACACAGUGGCAGAAGACCUAUGAAUCCCUCUCAGAUAUGGUAGUGCCUCGCUCCACCAAAAUGAUUGCUGAGGAUGCAGAGGGAGGACUCUUCACCGUGACCCUAUUUAGAAAAGUGAUGGAUGACUUCAAGGCUAAAGCCAGGGAGAACAGGUUCAUGGUUCGAGAAUUUUAUUAUGAUGAGAAGGAGCUGAAAUGUGAAAAGGAAGAGCUGAUGAAAUUAGCUUCUGAUAAGAAACAACAAUAUGGCCCAUUACUGCGCUGGCUGAAAGUGAACUUCAGUGAAGCAUUUGUGGCUUGGAUUCAUGUGAAAGCCUUGAGGGUUUUUGUUGAAUCUGUCCUGAGGUAUGGCCUUCCAGUAAAUUUCCAAGCAAUGCUGUUGCAGCCAAAUAGGAAGUCUGUAAAACGCCUGAGAGAUGUCCUAAACGUGGUCUUCAAACACCUGGAUGAAGUUGCAGCAGCAAGUAUAAUGGACCCUGGCAUGGACAUCCCUGGCUUACAACUGAGUAACCAAGAAUACUAUCCUUAUGUCUAUUUCAAGAUUGACCUCAGUCUUCUUGACUGCAGUUAAAGAAAAAUUGCUCAAGCUUCAUCUAUUAAUUUUCAAGACUCUAAUGUUAUAGUAAAAUGAUCUUUAGCUGCUGAAAGUCAAAUUAAAAUGCAGAUGCUGUAGCAGGAUGAUCUUUCUACCACUUCCAAUAAUUUUUACAGUGACUUCAAUAUAUAUAUUCCUUAUUCAUAGUUUUACAAAAAAAUAUUUCAGAGGCAGGAGGUACUACGGUAGUAUUUAUUUUUUUUGGUAAAUUACAAAGAUGGAGUAUCUACAGGACUUGAAAUAAAACAAUUUUAAAAAUAUGGUGGCUAAUGGGUCUACUAAGUAUAUACAGUCCUGUUUUUCUAACAAAAAAAUACCCUAACAGAAAAAGUAGAAAGCAUCAGAGCAAAGUCCAAAGUUCUUUUAAUUUAACAAAAAAAAAUGCCAAAAGUUUAAGAGGACAGAUCCUCAAAAAUGCUGAGGAGUUUAUUGUAGUAUGACUUAUAGUCCCAAGUACUCGUGAGUUUAGUUUUUGCAAAGAUAACUCAGUUAAAACAGUUCCAUUAGAUCUCAUCUGCUGGGAUGACUUAAGAGUCAGACACAUCUCUUGCACCAAAUCAGCAAAGUUGCUACUGGUUCUGACACUGCCUUUCACAGGGAUGAGCUACAGGCAAUCUCUUACAGACACCAAAUGACAAAUAUCCAUAUUAGGUUAUUUCCUUGAAAGAAGGGGAAACUUUCAGCUCUUUCAUUCCUCACUUACAAACAAGCUCAUCACAUGAGGGUCACUUCACUAGACACCAAUAUACAAGACAUGGAGAGCAAUAAAAUAAUAGUAUUUUUAUUAAAAAUCAGCAGUAAACAUCCCUAUUCCCAGUUCCCCUUCCAAGGAAAUAGCAAUUUCAGAUCAAAACAAUGUCAGAUGGGAAGUGAAGAAACAUUACCCAAUUUGCUGGAGACAGCACCAGGGUGGUUUUCUAAUAGCACCUGGAAAUUCUCAUGCCCUAAAAUGGGGAUUAGCUUCACCACUAAUCCAGGGGAAAGACCAACAACUCCCAGCACCUCCCAUUGCAGCAGCAACCGCACUUCCAUUGUAUUAAUGAUUUUAUGAAGUCUGGCACAAAGAAAGAGAAAGCCCCUGAGAAGCAAUAAGAAAAGGAAGACUAAAGAGCAUUUAAACUAAGAUUGUCCAUCUAAUCAGGCUUUAGGCCAAACUGUCAAGAUCUCACAGCAAGGGGGUGGCUUAGGACUCCCGUCUGCACAAGCCUCUCUAUUCUACAGUUCAUUUUUCAAGAGUCAUCCAGAACAGGACAGCUUGUAUCAUGUGCACCUUUCUUACUCUAUACAAGACUAACA